GUCAUGUGCAGGCUCCGCUCGCCUUCACGGCCUUUUUCCUGAUUUCCCAGGCGAAUUUCCCCCCGCAUUCUGCCUUCCUAGAGCCUCACCCCCUCUUUUUCUAACCUUUGUCUCCGCAGAGGUGGGCUCCAGUCGCCGGCUGCGGGAUUGCGGGGUCCGCGGCGGUCUCGGCUCCCGCCCGGCGCCCAACUUGGCCCCGCCGCCCCUUCGCCCCGGCCGCGCCGCUGCCGCCCCCGGAGCCGGUGGGGAACCCGGCGGGCGGGAGAGCCCGGAAGGAAUCCGGGGCGCCGAGGCCCCGGCCGGCGCCGACACCGCCCGCCGGGAGCAGCCGGCCUGCUCUGGGUGACCGAGCCGCGCGGUUCCGACGCGGCUCCUUCUCUAACAUGAGCGGGUCCCUGCCGCGCAGAGCGCGCGUAGCCCGGCAGCGCCUAGUGGAUUACAGCAGCCGCCCCGGCCGACCGCCGCCUCCAGCUCGGCACCUCCGGUUCGGGACCGUGAGAAACCGCCGCUUGCGCUGGCCCCAGCCCAGGGCAGCUCGGUGCCUGCAAGCAGCGCCUGCCUCGGGGUCUGCAGCAGCAGCCGGACGGAGAGGCCAGCCGGGCUCAGGGCCCUGGAAGGGUGGCUACCUAGGCGAGCAGGGCGCAGACUACUACGGUGGCGGCGCGCAGGGGCCCGACUUCCAGCCCCCGGGGCUCUACCCACGGCCCGACUUCGGUGAGCAGACCUUUGGAGGCGGCGGCCCCGGGCCCGGCUCGGCACUGCCCACGCGGGGUCACGGGCAAGAACCCGGCGGCCCCAGCGGCCACUACGGUGCCCCGGGAGAGCCGUGCCCCGCGCCCCCGCCCCUGCCCGGCGCCCGGGCCUGCAGCCAGCCGGGCGGCCCCAAGCAGCCGCCCCCUGGGACGGCCCUCAAGCAGCCGGCCGUGGUCUACCCGUGGAUGAAGAAGGUGCACGUGAAUUCCGUGAACCCCAACUACACCGGCGGGGAGCCCAAGAGGUCCCGGACGGCCUACACCCGGCAGCAAGUCCUAGAACUGGAAAAGGAAUUUCAUUUUAACAGCUGCCCCUGGCCAGCAUUUGCAGCCGCUGGCCAAGGACCACCACACGGACCUGACGACCUUAUAGAAGUGGGGACCCUGGGCCCAUCCCUCCCUGAGCUCCCGGCUGAGCCGAAGCUGCGGGGGCAGGCCGGGCCUGCUGUCGCCUCCCUGGGCUCUAAGGUACUGUAGGGUGGACCUGGGACAGGCAGGCCGCCCUCGGACUAGGUUAGCACCCUGCCCGAGGGUAGCCCCCUCCCUGGAGCGGGGAUGGGGGUCGGGGGGGCGGGAUUCUCUCUCUAAGUAUAUUAUCAAAUGGCAGGAGCUACUGAGAACAUAAAACCUUGGCGAGUCAUUAAACUCCUGAAAAUCUCCGCUGUUGGAUUUUGAAUUUGCAAAUGAAGGUUGGAUGCUUUAUCCCAGUGUGAAUUUGGACAUCCUCCCCCCCACUCCGCCCCUCCAGGGAUCUUUGUGGUUUCAUAAUGUGGGCGUGUUGAAGCAGAAAGUUGGCCACCCUCGCGCUAGGUGCUUUCAGUGGAAGCAGGAGGGUUGGGCCAGGAUUUCUGAACUUUCUGGGUUGUCUGUAUAAUUUCCAGUGUGAAAAAAAUUUUUUUUUGCUCCCAGUGGCCCAAUACCCAAAGAAAUGAGUCUAAGAAGGAAGUGCAAAUGGGUUGUUUUAUGUUUAGAUUAUAUUUGCUUAAAUAUUUAUUUGUUGGGGAAUUGGGCUGCAGAAAUAACUGACAUUUUAUUGCCAAAUAACUUACCAUGGUGAAAGGGGCUGGGUUUCAGGGAGCAGAAUCAAGAGAUGCGUGGACUGACUUCUGGCUGUAACCGGCAUUUUGAACUCCACCCCCUCCUCACUCCCCGGAAAUGUGUGUAGGGGGCCCUUAACCCUUCUAGAGGGAACCAUAGGAUCCACUCAAAGUUGAGUUCCUGAAAAUAUAUUUCCACAUGUGCUUUUUUCAGCACUGUGCUUACAACCAGUUCUGGGUGAUUAAAGGAAAGGGAAAAAAGAAAGAAACAAAUGGUCCAACAUUUUCCUUCUGGGGAAAGAAAACAAAACCUCUGUGUUCUGGGUCAUUAGAUAAUGACUGAAUUUUCUGUUCCAACUGGAUUCCAAAUGUCCCCAAAUAGCCCAUAUAGCAGUAUUUUAUAGGCAUUGGUGUAUGGCCUAUAUGGGAGAGGGAAUGUGCAUUGGAGAGAAAGUGGGAAGGUGAAGAAGUCUUGCUGUAAAAAAAUGAAAGAAAAAUGAAUUGAAUCUAGAAUCCACAAAAGUUGGUCUUAGGGUUUUUUCCCUAAGUUUUAAUUUUUUUAAAAAACAAAUCUAUGGAAGUUUUCCUCAACCCAUUAAUUACGAGCAGAAUUUGUGAAAGUAUGAAAGUUUUCAGGCCCUCUCCUCUCCCUUGCCUUGAGAAUAGUGGUUUAAAAACAAUCACUCUCAAACAACAGGAGAGAUGCUCUUUAGUCAUUUUUCUUAUGCCUUGCCUGGGAAGGGUUCAAAGCUCACUUUUCUAAAAUGUUGACCCUUAAGGAUAAGGGAAAGAGUCAAAGGUAAUGGCCAGAGUUCAUAGACUCAAAUGAAACAAGGCUUCAGAAAUUUAAACCGCAAAGCCUCGGGCUCCAAAAAGAAACCCCUGGUUGUAGCUACCGAAAAAUCACAAAAGUGAGGAGGGAGAGGGGGUGAGCUUGAAAGGGAGAUUCAGAAUUGGGGCUAUUUUUUCAGUGCUUGAGAACACUUUAGAAGCUUUCAGAGGUACUUUAAAAAAUAUAUUUAAGUGUAGGGGGGGAAAAAAGACUUCCUCUACAGGCAUGUUCUUUGGUUCUGUGUCUCCUGAGAGCUGAGGGCAGGUAUUCACUGGAGUCCCUAGGCUGAAAUUCCACUUCUCUAAAGUGUCUUCCAAGCCUUGCUCUUUUGUAUUAGACCCCAGGGACAGCUCUUUGUUCCUCCUUGGGGUGAGCCUGGCUCUCAGACUUGCACAUGGCAAUACUUGAAUAUCGCCACGUCGGGAUAUUAAAGAUGGAUAUUCCUGCAUUAUUCGCAUCAUUGUUUCUAUGACAAAAAGCACAGCGUUCAUACAUAGUCAAGACGUCUUUUUUCUGAUGCCCUCACGUUGAGAAGCUGAAAAGGUAUUUUACUGAAGUUCGGCUAAAUUACAGAAUCAGGUUCAUCCAGAGGACAAAUUUUCUAUUCGAUUAGCUGUAUUUCAGCCAGGAGGACUGACCUCUAAACCCUUAACCUUUUGGACUCUAACUACCCUUCUCUUCUUUUUUUCCCCCUCGAACAUGGAGAGCAGUCUUUGGAUGUAGGAUUUGAAAAGGGCCGCUAUCCUUAGGCAAGUUGGAAAGUUGCUCAGAUUCUUUCCUAAAACCCGAAUCUGUGAAUACAUUGAACCUUCUCCUUGGGAGGGGGUAAUAUAUAUUUUCACAACAUCCAACUACAUAUGUAUUGCAAAGAUUAUUAUAUAGAUUUCCCCCUUCCCAGAAGUUCAGGUUACUCACCCCAGCUUCAGACCAAAUGCCAAACUACUUAACUGCCUUCACCCCUGCCCCAGAGGAAAGCCAAGAGGCAUGUUUUGAUGAAGAAAAUCCAAGGUCCUUCUUAAAAAUAGCCCCACUACUUUGGAAAGUAACUUAAUCAGAGAAACAACUUGUUUGUUUAUAAGUCUCACUUCUCUUUCUCCUCUUCUAGGGAUUGUCUUUUGAAAUGUUAAUGGAGCCUGGAUGGCCCAGAGGGCGGCCCUCAACCCUGAGGUCCCAGUCGGACCACAGCGUCCAUUUGGGCCCACAGGAGUGGGGCAGGGAAGAAGCAGGGCCCCCCAGUCACCUAGGGCAGGGAAGGAAAUGAGUUUCCAUCUGGGAACGUACCCUGGAGAAACCUAGAUGUAGAAAGCCUCAGUGCCCAUUUGCUUGUAUUUGUUUCCAGUUUGUUCCCCCAAAUAUGAGCCAGAAGUGUUUGUUUUGAGUUUUUUCAGUGGUAUGUUGGGGUUGUGACUGGGAGGGAGUGAAGUGUUUGGUGAGGACAUUGCUCCUCAGACUCCCAUUUCACUUUGUCCAUUGCAGCCUUUUGUUGGGAGAUGACAUUGUCAGCCCCAUGGUGUCUGUUCACACAAGAUGCUUUUUUAAUAGAAUUGACCAAUGUUCUGCUGCCACUGAUUAAAGUAUUAUUUAUACUGAU